UGUCAGAAGCCGUGAUGAAAGAGUUAAUUAAAAAAAGGGGUCAUAUUAAGUCGCGAUUAACUAAAUUUUCAGGUUACAUACGCGAGUUAGCCGAAAAAGUGUUGUGUGCGGCUCAGGUGACGGAACUUCAACUUCGGAUUGCUAAAUUGGAAUGUGUUUACAACACGUAUGAUGAAAUUCAAACCAAGUUGGAGUACAUGGCAGAGGAUGACGAGGCCCAGUUAGACGAGAGGUCUGAGUUCGAGGAUUUAUACUACUCGUCAGUCGCGGCGGCUAAGGAAUUGGUAACCAUGCAUUCCAAGGUCGCGCCUAGCGAUGGGGGUUCCGACAACAAUACGCGGCGCCAUCCACAUGUAAAAUGUAAGUUACCUACCAUUUCUUUACCGAAGUUUGGAGGCUCGUAUGAUACAUGGCUUGAGUUUCGUGACACAUUCGAUAGUUUAAUUAAUAAUGACGACUCCAUUGAUGAUGUAAAUAAGUUUCAUUAUCUGCGGGCUUCAUUAGUAGGAAGUGCCGCGAUAAUUGUACAAUCCUUAGCCUUAUCUAGUAGUAACUAUAAAAUAGCCUGGCAGUUAUUAUGCGAUAGGUACAAUAACAAGCGGUUAUUGGUGAAUAAUCAUAUUAAGGCCAUAUUUAAUUUAACCCCAAUUACCAAGGAGUCGCCGACAGCUAUUAGGCAUCUUAUAGAUACGAUAUGUAAAAAUAUACGUGCGUUAGCGACCCUUGAUGAACCAACCACCCAUUGGGAUACAUUAUUAGUUUAUAUAAUAUGUCAAAAACUUGACAAUGUUACUAGACGAGAGUGGGAGGAGUUUGUGCCUAGUUGCGAAACAAUUACUUUCGAUGCUAUCAUACAUUUCCUCAGCGACCGUGCGGAUCUGUUGGAAACCAUGGCGAUGGACGGGCCCGGGCGCCGCGCGUCCUGGCCGCUCGCCGCUGGCGCCGGCGCUGCCUCCGCUGCGCACGCGCGCUCCGCUGUGCGACAAGUUAAGGAAAAGUGUUUCGUAGGACUAGAUGAACGUCAAACUAAUACUCUCUUCCGACUCCCUGUCUAACAGAGAUUCCUCCUUUGAGGCUAACACGGUACCAGAGGAUUGAGCAAUUAAAACAACACUACUGGGUCCGCUGGUACAAGGAAUACGUCUCUGAACUUCAGGAGCGCACUAAAUGGAGGCAAGCCAAGGGUCAACUUGCAGUCGACACCAUGGUCGUUAUUAAGGACGACAACCUGCCUCCAUUGAAAUGGAAGCUCGGCAGAAUCGUCAACGUCAUGCCUGGAUCCGAUGGCAUCAGUCGCGUGGCCGACAUCAGGACGUCAUCCGGGAUCAUCUGUCGUGCGUUCAGCAAGAUAUGUCCACUACCAGUCGACAAGUAAUUCCUCGGUUGAAAGACCAAGCUUUCAACGUGGGCGGGCAUGUUGGAACUAAACGCAAAGUUUCAACCAUCACUACGACGACGGGAGCGACCUCUGCCUUAAAAUAUGCGCUCUAAUUUGCGCAUUAGCCAUCUUCGUGACUUUCGUUUUUGAACUCGUAUCGAGUAACCGAUAUCCUAUUUUUCUAUUUUGUAUUUUGUGGCAGAAUAGAGGAU